UUCUUUUUUUUUUGGUAUAAAACAAAAAUUCUAGAAUUCUUACAAGCAUUAAUUGGUCCGAAAUAUUUGUGAAUCAAUUGAUGUUGUUGAAUAUGUGGUGGCCGGAGAGGCUGGCCAAAACAGGAAUUCUUUUUGUUCGUUUUCCAAUGCUUGAAAGGAUUUUUUGCAAUGUAAUUAUCUGUGUAAGUUUUUGUUUUUCAUGGCCCAUUGAGCAUGCGAGUUUGAUUUUAUUUCUGCAAUCUAUUUCAUAUUUACGUUUAUGAGAAAUUGGCGUACAGUAUUUUUUUUUUCUGCGAAGAAAUUCGUUGUCCUUUAUGAAUAUCUGAGGUGUGCUCCUAGAUUUUUUCUUUAUAAUGCCUUACUUAACAGUCCCUUUUGUUAGAGCAAAGGGACAUUACAUGUCCAACUCUCUUGAUUUUACUUGUUAAUAAUCAUAUCACUGAUGUUUGCAAUUUUUUUUUUUGUAUUUUUUUGACAAUAGGGCUGGAUUCUUUAUUGGAGACGGAGCUGGUGUUGGUAAAGGUAGAACAAUUGCGGGCUUGAUAUGGGAAAACUGGCACCAUGUGAGGAGGAAAGCAUUGUGGAUUUCUGUUGGUUCAGACUUGAAGUUGUUCGAUGCAAGAAGAGACCUGGAUGAUGUCACGCACAUAUUGAACGUAUUGUGUAUCACAGGGGCUGGAGCUGACAAGAGAUAUUGAUAUGCCUUUUCUUUUCCUUUCCUAUCCUUUUGUUUUGAGAGAAGGGGUAAAAGGGGAUCGUUAUUUCUAUUGGCAUUGGUGGCAGCUUCCCAGAAGCUUGCUUAAAUUAUAGUUGUUUACGAAUGCAAUCAGAUCCAGAGGCUAGCAAAUGUGCUGUAGAACGCCCACAGUGAUUUCUUGCAAAUAUAGAUUCAAUUGAUGUUGCUAGAAAUAUUGCAGGCCUCAAACCUGAAACUACUCUUGUUGUUGUGGUCUCAAAAACCUUAACCAAAACUAAAACUAUGCUGAAUGCUCAAACACUGAGGGCAUGGAUUUCAAAAGAGCUCGGUCUUGCAAAUAUAGAUUCAAUUGAUGUUGCUAGAAAUAUUGCAGGCCUCAAACCUGAAACUACUCUUGUUGUUGUGGUCUCAAAAACCUUAACCAAAACUAAAACUAUGCUGAAUGCUCAAACACUGAGGGCAUGGAUUUCAAAAGAGCUCGGUUUGGGGAAAAGUUUGGCAUCGAUCCUAUUAAUGCUUUUGCAUGCUGGGAAUAGUUUGCAGGGUUGUUGGUGUGUUGCCUAUGUCUCUCCAAUAUGGUUUCUCAAUUGCUGGGAAGUAUGGUUCUUGAAAGGAGCAUUAAGCAUCGAUCAACAUUCAUAUUCUGCACCAUUUGAAAAAAAUCUACCUGUCAGCAUGGAAAGUAAUGGCAAUGGGGCAUCUAUUGAUGGUGUACUACUUCUCUUUGAGACUGGAAAAAUUGAAUUUGGCGAACCAGGAGCAAAUGGCCGGCAUAGCUUUUAUCAACUAAUUCACCAGGUAAUUUCUUGUUCCAUUAUGCAUUUGGUUGAAGUGAAAUUAGGUCAUUGUAUACCUAUUUUGAUUUUUAAAAAUCAAUUCUGGAAUUCAAAUGAUUCCUUGUUCUUAAAAUUCAUUUUUUUUAAAUCCAUGUAUACAUUUAUUUCACUUCUUGAUGUCUUUAUUCAAAAUUUGUCCUUGUUUCCCCGCACAUACCCUGUCUUGGUAAACCUGAUAAUUUUGAUGCUCAUGAUGCACAUGCACCUCAACAACAUGUCUUUUUUUUAUGUAGCAAGAAGUUUAGUUCUGCAUUUUGGAUGGUUUCUAAUUGAAUAGUAGCAUAUUCGCCCCCAAUGUGCGUGCCAUUAGCUUCAGUUCUCAUUAAUUGUGUACUAGCUUCGGUGCCUGCGCUUCGCCACGAUGCCGAACUAUUUUUUUUUUUGUAGAAAAUAUAAUGUUUAGGUAUUGAAAUGAGGUUAUAAAAUAACAUAAAAAACCUUUCAUGACAAAUGUGUAACAAUGCUAGUCAAGUUAAGCCAACAUAAGAUAUCCUGCAAAAUCUGCAGCCCAAAUUAUAUGAUUGAAACAACCCGAUAAAAACAUAAAGAGAAUCAUAAAGGUUUUUUUUUUAAAAAAAAUAUGUUAACUUUUUAAACCUAUAACCAAAGUCAUUAGACCAAAAUGAUUGAAUAUGAAAACCAUGAAUUUUAAUUUCCAAUAAAUUAAAUAUGAAAUGAUGAAAUUAAAAAAAAAAGAAUUUCAAUCAUACAAAAUCCUUGUUUCCCCGCACAUACCCUGUCUUGGUAAACCUGAUAAUUUUGAUGCUCAUGAUGCACAUGCACCUCAACAACAUGUCUUUUUUUAUGUAGCAAGAAGUUUAGUUCUGCAUUUUGGAUGGUUUCUAAUUGAAUAGUAGCAUAUUCGCCCCCAAUGUGCGUGCCAUUAGCUUUAGUUCCCAUUAAGUGUGUACUAGCUUCGGUGCCUGCGCUUCGCCACGAUGCCGAACUAUUUUUUUUUUUGUAGAAAAUAUAAUGUUUAGGUAUUGAAAUGAGGUG